GCUUCUCCACUAGGGAGUUGUGGAUCCUUUGGAGCCAAGGACUCAAACAGACAUGCGAGACCUCUACCAACCGAAGGUGUCGUAAGCACACUCCUUUGCCAAGAUCUUGGUGAAUAGUCUUUCACUGUGCAACUGUAUUUUAGAAAUUGUUUUACGUUUGAUCAUGAUUGUGCUUGGCUGGAUGUUUUUUGUUGGACUUGCAUGUUACAUGGGCACGUUUCCAGAGUUGAUGCCUCCAACUCUGAAGUGGCAGGAGAGGUGGCCUGUUCAGGAGAGCAAGACACAACUGAGGAGGCGGACUUUAGGUGAAGAUCUGCUGCAGAACCAUGUGGAAGGGAUAUAAAUAUCCCCCAGGAGGGACCCCAGUGGAAGUAAACAAGGAUGAUCCUGGUGAAGUAAUGCAGUUCUGAAGCUCACCUGAGCAGCUGUACAGUUCCUGUUGUUGGUUUCGCAUAAAGUAAUUGCACAUUA